GCUCGGGGCAAGUUUGUGGGAUUUAAUCGCGGGCUAUAAAUGGGGCUGCUGGAACUUUAAAAGGCAGCAAGCUGUGGUUGGCUGGUAGCGAGAUUUGGAGUAACAUAUGGCAUUAAAAGGCGCACAGCUGGAGGUAGCAUUUCCAUCGCAGUGAAGUCAGAGCAGCUGACUCUCCAGCUUGCGGUGUAAUUAGCAAACCGAGCACUCCUCCUUCCCUCCGCCCGCCCGCCUGCCUCCCUCCCGCCGCGCCGCGCUCGCACCCGCACCGCUCCGCGCUCUUCCCGCACGGCUCCGGCUCCGCGCCCCGGGAAGGUUAUGAAGGAAGAAUGGAGUUUCCAGACCAUAGCCGCCAGUUGCUGCAGUGUCUGAGUCAGCAGCGUCACCAGGGCUUCCUGUGUGACUGUACUGUGUUGGUUGGAGAAGCUCAGUUCCGAGCGCACAGAGCCGUCCUCGCCUCUUGCAGCAUGUACUUCCAUCUUUUCUACAGGGACCAGUUAGACAAAAGGGAUAUUGUGCAUCUGAACAGUGACAUUGUCACGGCCCCUGCCUUCAGCCUGCUGCUUGAAUUCAUGUACGAGGGGAAGCUGGAGUUCCACAGCCUCCCGGUGGAAGAUGUGCUGGCCGCCGCCAGCUACCUCCACAUGUAUGACAUUGUGAAAGUCUGCAAGGGCAAGUUGAAAGAUAAAGAAUCGGGCUCGGAGGAGAAGCCGGGUGACGAGGCGGCCGCGCUGGACAAAGCGGAGCGUUUCCUCGAUGAGUUUGAGCUGGGGAGCAAAGCGAAAUCGGAAUACGAGCGAGCCGUGGGCAAGGAGAAGGUGGGCUCCCACCCCGCCUGGCCCUGCGGCCCCCCCAGCCUCAGCCCGGCCGAGGCAGAGCCCUGCGCGGCGGCAGCUGGAAAAACAAAGGCGAAUGUCAAUAGUUGUGUGGGACCUUUGUCCCAGAGGUCCGCCAGCCGUCCCCUGGUGUCGAGCGAGGCCGACUGUGCGCUGGAUUUGUCUUUCAAGCCCGUGCUGGGGAGAGAUUCCUUGCAGCCCUCCUAUGCCUUCGGACAGCUGGCUUCCGACAGCCAGCAGCAGGGCACCGAGCCGCUGGUGAAGGAUGAACAAGAGUCGCUGUCAGAGCGGGAGGACGGCGAAGCCGGCAGUCCGGAGAGUCAGCAUUUUGGGAACUCGGCCAAGAGCCUGGUGACAGGGUUAGGACACAUGUUCGCGGGGAAUGGCAGCUCUCACGCCCGGGAGGAGGACCUAGACCAAGAGCGAGAGGAGAGCGAGGACGACAUGGACCCCACGGACAUCUCGGCGGGCGUGCUGGUGCCCCCGGGGCACAUCUGCAUCUGCCCGCUGUGCAGCAAGGUGUUCCCCAGCCCGCACGUCCUGCAGCUGCACCUCAGCUCCCACUUCCGCGACAAGGACGGCGCGCGGAGCCGCCUCUCCCCCGACGGCGCGGUGCCCACCUGCACCCUCUGCGGGAAGACUUUUUCCUGCAUGUACACCCUCAAGCGGCAUGAGCGGACGCACUCGGGCGAGAAGCCCUACACCUGCGGGCAGUGCGGGAAGAGCUUCCAGUACUCGCACAACCUCAGCCGCCACGCGGUCGUGCACACCCGCGAGAAGCCCCACGGCUGCAAGUGGUGCGAGAGACGCUUCACGCAGUCGGGGGAUCUGUACAGACACAUCCGCAAGUUCCAUUGUGGCCUUGUCAAGUCUUUGGUUGUUUGAGACAUGGGAUUCUUAUUUUAUUUUCCACCCCACCCCUUCACCCUCUUAAAACAAAAACGGAAAGAAGGCAGCAUUUGAAUCUUUUUUGGUUUUUUUUUUCCCCUUUUAUUUUGGUGAUAUUCACUUUUUCAGGUAUUUGAUCUUUAAAAGAUGCAGAGGUACACACUCCAGAGGCCUUUCAAUGCAAUCCCACCCCCACUUCCCCAGCCCUGCCCCUCUCCCCUCUCUGCUCCUCUGAUCUUCCCGUGUGUGCCCACGUUCCAUUAUUAAUGUGAAACGAUCUCAGUAAUUCUGCGAUGAUUUAGCGUCUGUUCUCGUGCUGGAAGUACUUGCUUCAUGGUCAGGGAGGUCCUAUUUAUUUAUUAACUUUUAUUAAGUUGGAAGAAGGAUUGAUUGUAAAUUCUGGAGAAAUGCUUGGGUCCCAUUCAGCUCCCCUGAUCCAUCUGCACGUUGCCCAGAAAUGUUUGGAGAGAUGAGCAAUGAUUUUGAUAUAUUUCAGUGCAAAGGAAGUUCCCUGUGCCUAUCUCUGAGUAGCUGGCCACAGCCUUGUGGUGCUGGAAGAGACCCUAAACUGGCCCAGAAGGUGAAGGGGGGUGAGAAUUCCUGGGUACACCUUUAGUAGUUGUCACUUUUUAAAAUUCUCUUUAUUAUAUUGGAAUAGCUCCUCAAUCAGUCCUACAAUUUGAAUGUGAAGGUUUGCCCCCAGGCCUGGCUUAUUUCCCUCCCGCCUGUCCUCCUCUGUGCACUCACCUGCAGAGCUGCUGCAUGGCCUCAGUGAGCACAGACCCACUCAGUUCCUGGCUGCUUUCGUCCCUGUGUCCACACACAGGGACUGAUGUGGCGGGAAACCCUUUGGGCUGGUGCUUCCCCAGAAGGCAGGAGGUGCCCCACGGCCUUCCUUGGAUCAGCAGCUCAGGAUUUAAUUUAUUUUUAUUUCUCAUGAAGUUGGUGGUCCCUCUGGGCCCGGUUCUGUGCAAUCCCUGAGGGCAGAAUGAAGGGAAACUGCUGGAGGGAGGCACGGCCUAGCUCUCCCCAUCCCACCCAGCCACUCACCGCCUUUCCAGGGGAGGUCUUUGGUUUUGGGGUUUUAUUUUUAUUAUUAUUCUUUUAAAUUUCUGUAAGCUGAGGCUGCCUGUAACCACAACCAGCGUUGCUCCAAACACAGUCACUCAAUGCCUCGCCUGGUUGAGCAUCCUUUGGGCUGUGUGAGUCGGUAAAUGUCAGGUGAUUCCCUCCCCAUCGAGUUCUCCGUUUGAGGUACGUGUGUGUGGGGCUGAGACACGGCGAUGUCAUCUGAGGGUUCUCACUGCUGUUCUCCGUUACCCACCUCCACCAUCUUUCCUGACACUCCUGGAACUGUUUUGUGAAACGCAGAAGUUUAUUUUUAAAUGAACGUGAAGCACUGAGUUUAAUUUUUUUUUUUUAUUUUAAAGUUGUGCUUAAAAUACUGUAUUUCACCUUAUAAAGAAAGAAUGGCCUAAAGCCUUCCCCCUCCAGUCCAAAACCUGAGCACUACCUACAUGAGUAAUAUGGGAUUGAUUUUUAUUAUUUUUUUAUAUGUACUUCCUCUUAAAGAAAAAAUAUAUUGAGAUAUACUUGUUACAGCCUCCUCCUAUUCAUCUCUUAAACUAUGAAUGUACAUGUAAUGUGAAAUUUUGCUUCUAUUUAUAGUUUGGGGGUUUUGUUUUCAGUCUGGUUUCUCAACUGUAAAAUAUUUUUGCUGAACCUGUUACAUAUGGAAGUCGUGGGAGAGUACUUUAUCUUAAGUGUCUUUGGUACUGUGGUCUUAUUCUACUUAAUCAAUUUUUUUCUGUAUUUUUUUCUCCUUUUGUUGCUGUGAUUGGAAAUAGCACUGAACAAAAUCUACUAAAAUUAAGUUAUUUUUUCUUUCUACUAAAAUUAAGUUAUUUUUUUCUCCUGAAGAUACUUGAUAUAGUAUUUAUUAGCUUUGUUUUUUGAAGUGGAAUUGUUACUGUUAAUCUAUUUCAAAACUAGUUACUUUACACUUUAUAACGAUGGUUUUGCAUGUUGAUCAACAUGUAAAGAGUUAAUGUAGAGUCAGCGUUACUGAAGCUGGAAAUCUCAAUUUUGCAUUCUUGUUCCGCUUUUUGCCUUUCAGUCUUCAGUUCGUUGGGUUUUUUGUUUAUCUCUUUUUCCUAAGAACAUAAAAUUGGAUGUGCCAUAAGACAUCCCUAGUGUAUGGAGCAGGGAAAGGUUGAACCGAGUUUAUGUCUGACGUUAGUAUAGGAAUAACUCAUUAAACUGAUGCUAUGAGCAUACUCUGUACUGCAGUGAAUACGGGGCAAAAGUUUUUAAGAAAGGAAAAAAAAAAAAGACUUUUCUCAUUCUUUCCUCCGUCACAAACACGCUGUUCUCAUAGUCUGGUAUUUGUGUUCCCACUCGUCAUAGCUUGAAUUUCUAAAGUAAAGAUGUUUGCACUUAUUUUUGUUCUUAAGGUGACUUUUUUUUUUGGCUCUGUCUGCGUGUGUCUCCGGCUUGAAGUUGCAAUAGCUCUGAGCAUGUUUUCUGAUGGGUUCGUGGCUCUACAGAGAAGUACUCAAACCAUUGCACACUUGGGCUCGUCUUUGCAGGAACUCUUUCACUGUGGGGCAGUCGCCAUCUCAGUAGGGGAUGGUGCUGUGCUGCAUUUUAAACACUGGAUUUGUCUUCUACUGCAAACAAAUACUGUGAAGUUGAUGUAAAAACAAGAAAAUAACUCACGAAAAAAAUCAUUGAUAUUUUUAAUUGUUUUUAAUCCUUGGUGCAGUUCAGAUUAAAUAUGUAUAUUUAAAGACACUAAUUUUUGUGGGAGAGUUUUAUAGUAUACAGUAUGUAGAAAAGCUAUUGGAAUGGAGUAUAUUUUAUAAAAACAUUCUAUCACUGUUUUAUAGUGAACUAUUUUUCCUUCAGUGUUAGCAUCGUGCUGUUAGCCUAGAUCCGACAAUCGCAGGAAGAGUGAUUUCAGCUGUUGUUAGCGCUUAGUUCUGUGUGGAGUUCUGUUUGCAACUGUACUGGUAUGUGCUGUACAAUGUGACAAUCGUGACUAGGAUUGUUGUCUUUAUAAAUUUCCACGAAAUAAAAUGUGCUAGAGUUGUAAA